GUGGAGUUAGACAUAUAGGGAAGAACUCCGGUUAAAAUAUCUAUAUAUAUCUAAAUUGAGUGAAGACAAAAUAAACGAUUGGGGUUGAUUAGGUGAACCCAAUAAGAUCAUCACAUUAAAUGAUUUAUUUAAGCCCUAGAUCUUCAGAAUCUCCCUCUCAAUAUGUGUAUCCCCACUCUCAUUUAUAUCUCUUUUCUCUAGGGAACAACAAUCACAACUUUCCUCCUUAUCAAACAUUCAUCACACCUCUCCCCCCUCUCUCUCUUAGUUUCAAGUACAAUAGAACAACUGCAUGAAGAAGUCAAAGUCACCACCAUAUAUAAACAAGCUAAUUGCUAGGGUUUGAUUAGAGUCAUCAUAAGAAAAGGAGAGAGAAGUUUUUAUUUUAUUUUUAAUAUGGGAUGGAUUAUAGGACUAUGGUCUUUAAUUGGUGUCUUUUUAUGUUGGUGGUUUUUGUGUGUGAAGAAGGAUAAUAUUAAUGUGAUGAAGAAGAAGAAUAAAGGUAAAGUUCCAAAAGGUAACAAAGGUUGGCCUUUACUUGGAGAGACCCUUGAUUUCAUUGCUUGUGGAUACACCUCUAAUCCGGUCAGCUUCAUGGAAAAGCGCAAGUCUUUGUAUGGUAAUGUGUUUAAGACAAGCAUUUUGGGAAGUGGUGUAAUUGUGUCAACAGACCCAGAAGUGAACAAAGUGAUUCUACAGAACCAAGGGAACAUCUUCAUCCCUGCUUAUCCAAAAUCAAUUAGAGAACUUAUGGGAGAACACUCUAUACUUCAAAUGAAUGGAAACAUGCAUAGGAAACUUCAUGCACUCCUUGGAGGGUUCUUGCGAUCUCCACAAUUCAAAGCUCGAAUCACAAGAGAUAUUCAGCAUUCUGUCAAACAAUGUUUAGCUACUUGGAGUACUCACCACCCAAUUUACAUUCAAGAUGAAGUCAAAAAGAUUACAUUUACUAUUUUGGUGAAAGUUCUGAUGAGCAUUGAUCCCGGUGAAGAUUUAUGUAUGUUGAAGAGUGAAUUUGAAGAGUUUAUCAAAGGGUUGAUUUGCUUGCCCUUUAAGUUUCCUGGAACAAGAUUAUAUAAAUCCUUAAAGGCUAAAGAAAGAAUGAUGAAGAUAGUGCAAAGGAUAAUAGAGGAAAGAAAUCAUAAUCAUAAGAAUAUUAAUGAGGCAAAUGACAUAGUGGAUGUCCUCUUAAAGGAUUAUAAAGAUGAUGAGUCCAACACAAUAUCGUGGAAAAAUAUGAGUGAAAACAUAAUUGAGAUGAUGAUUCCUGGGGAAGAGACUCUUCCUACGGCUAUGACUAUGGCUGUGAAGUUUCUUAGUGACUAUCCUCUUGUUCUAUCCAAAUUACUGGAAGAAAACAUGGAAAUGAAGAGGAACAAAAACUGGUCCGAUGAUUAUGCAUGGACUGACUACCUGUCACUGCAAUUUACUCAAAAUGUAAUCAGUGAAACUCUUAGAAUGGCAAAUAUUGUCAAUGCCAUUUGGAGGAAAGCUAUCAAAGAUGUAGAUAUUAAAGGGUACCUAAUUCCUAAGGAUUGGUGUGUUGUAGCUUCUCUUACUUCCGUUCAUUUAGAUGACAUCAACUAUGAAAAUCCUUUGGAGUUUGAUCCAUGGAGAUGGGAGAAAAUUGGAAGUGGAAGUAGAAACAACUGUUUUACACCAUUUGGUGGUGGACAAAGAUUAUGUCCUGGAAUAGAACUCUCUAGACUAGAGCUCUCUAUUUUUCUUCACCAUCUAGUUACAACUUACAGAUGGGCUGCUGAGAAGGAUGAAAUUAUUUACUUUCCAACGGUAAAGAUGAAAAGGAAGCUCCCAAUUAAUGUGACAAAAAUUAACACGUGAUUGGAUUCUAAUAUGAGGUGACAACACUCACUUUUAACAUCUAAUAGCAUAAAGUACAUUAAUUGUACCCAAAAAAUAAUAUAGUAUAUUUAAAGAAAAUUCUAGAGUGAU